AUGACCCGUUCCCGCUCCCCCGCACGCGCUCGUUCGGCUUCGCCACGUCGUUCGCCAUCCGCUUCACCAGUUCAGCCUAGUUCCCCGCACUCCGAUGCCUACGAGGGUGAGGACUACGACGGCGAAGACUACGAUGACUACGAUGACUACGACGACGACGAGUCGGGUGCUCAAGAUCGUGAGCUCACGCACGAGGAGAAGGUCCGCCGUUGCCUCGCCGACUCGCCCUCCCCAACGGGUUCCCCGAUGCGUCAAGAUCACUCACCCCUGACCAUCGACGAGUGGAAGGCCAAGUCAGAGGAGUCCGAUCGUAAAGCUGGCGUUGAGUAUGUCCGUCACAGCCAGACCAAGGAGUUGUUCCGCGUCGACCGUAGGGAGAAAGAGUCCAUGGGCAACUACAUCACCACACUUGAGGCUGAGGCCGCCAAGGUCAAGACACUUGAAGCUCAGGUCGCCAGGCUCAAGGAGCAAAUGGCCAGUAUGCAGGCUGAGAAGGACAAGAAGAUCCUUGCUCUCGAGUCUGGGUUCAAGGCCCUCGGCUUGGACACCCAGGCCACCGCUACUCCGGCGCCCACCAUCGCUAAGUGUGGUUUGUACGACAAGCCUCGUGCUCAUUGUCGUCCGGGCUGCACUCGUAUGCACGUAGAUGACGAGGUCAAGGUCGCCAAGACUGGGGAGAAGGUCGAGAUGAUGGAGUACAAGUGA